AUGGUAUUACUGAAUAACCUCCACCCUCCCACCGAGGGAGUGAGACACGAACAAGCCGAGACCACGGCGGUGAUGGACGGCCAGCGGCUCGGCUGCGGCACCCUCUACGUCGCAGAAACGCGCCUGUCGUGGUUUGACAGCUCAGGCCUGGGUUUCUCUCUGGAGUAUCCCUCCAUCGGUCUGCACGCCAUCUCCAGAGACGUCAGCACUUACCCACAGGAACACCUCUACGUCAUGGUCAACGGCAAACUCAACAAAGAGAACGGGGCAGAAAUGGCAGAGAAAGCAGCUGAUGAUGAUGAUGACGGCAGCAGUGAUGGUGGUGACGAUGAUGAAGACGAAGGGCCGAUCACAGAGAUUCGAUUUGUUCCCAGCGACAAAGCGGCAUUGGAGUCCAUGUUCUCAGCCAUGUGCGAGUGCCAGGCGCUCCACCCCGAUCCCGAGGAUGACGACUCGGACAACGACUUUGAAGGAGAGGAGUACGACGUGGAGGAAGCCGAGGCUGAGCACGGUCACGCUGACAUCCCAACCUUCUACACCUGCGACGAGGGCCUGUCGGCGCUAACGCAGGAGGGUCAGGCCACGCUGGAGAGGCUAGAGGGGAUGCUGGCUCAGUCAGUCGCUCAGCAGUACCACAUGGCUGGAGUCCGGACGGAAGAAACAAAAGCCGAGUUUGAAGAUGGGAUGGAGGUGGACGCAGCAGCGAUGGAGGCGGGUCAGUUCGAGGAUGCUGACGUCGAGCACUGAUGGAAAUCGUGUCUGCAGCCGGUCAAAGCAUCAGUGUUGCAUCGUGGGAUUGAAGACAAGGACAACAGCACUUCUUUAAAGCUCUUACUCUCUUUUCUGUGAAACCUUUUACCGCUGAGCUUCCGACAUCUGCUCUGCCGCAUCGUGUGGUUUCUGUUAAUUCGAUAACGGUCACAUCGACAUACUGUCAGGCACUUCUGUAACAAAGCUACUCUGGACUUUUGAGAUGCAGUCCUGAACGUGUUUGUAAAACCAACUAACGCUGAGUUUUUGUUUGUUUUGUACCUAAUGACCAAUUGAAUAUUUGAUGUUUUUGCUGGGGACAGUGGAUCUUUGUAUGUGAUUGUCAAUAAACAAGUAGUUUUUGUA